UGUACAUCCUAAACCGUUCUUAGAUAUUGUGUGGACAUAAUGACGUUAUUGAUAAAUGUAACUAAAGGCAACUGACUGAAAAUCAACUGGGCGAAACCCGUCGAAUAUCCGAAACUGAGUCAUUAGGGAAACUCAUUCUAGGAAAAAGAAUCAACGCAAUGAUGUUUACAAUAAACACUCAUUUGUAAUGUUAUAACUGUGGAUGUAUGACGUGUGAAGUGUAAUUUCAGUUUAAGAUGGAAUUAGUACAGAACAAAAGUGAUGUGUUUGUGAAUGGAAGUGCGUUUAUAUCUGAUGCGGAUCUGGCAUCAGUGGAACUUUUCAAGGGUUAUCCGGAUGGUCUGAUGAAAUUUGCAACAGCUAGCUGCAUUGUCUUCAUGAUGAUUGGAAUUCCAGGGAACAUCAUCACUAUUGUGGCUCUAGCGCGGUACGAAAAAGUGCGAAACGCUACGGCCAUAUUCAUAAUGGGUCUAUCUUGUUCGGACCUGCUCUUCUGCUGUUUCAAUCUGCCUCUCGCCGCUUCCACUUUUUGGCAUCGUUCUUGGACCCAUGGCGGCCUACUGUGCCGUAUGUUUCCGCUGGCAAGAUAUGCCCUCGUUGCUGCCUCACUGUUCACUGUCUUAGCUAUCACAAUCAACAGAUAUGUCAUGAUUGCACAUCCAAGAUUAUAUCCUAAGUUGUACAAGAACCGAAACAUAGCAAUAAUGCUGAUCUUCAUAUGGAUUCUGUCGUUUGGAGUCAUGAUAGCUACAUGGUUUGAAAAAUGGGGUCGAUUUGGAUUAGAUACAAAUAUAGGAUCCUGCUCUAUUCUUCCAGAUAAAAAGAACAGAUCACCAAAGAAAGUCCUUUUUCUUACCGCUUUUAUACUACCUUGUAUAGCAAUAAUACUUUGUUAUGCACGUAUAUUUUUCAUCGUUCGUAAAGCAACGAAAAAGUCUAUGAACACUAACAAACGAUUACCGAACCCAGAUGAGCUGUCAUCGGCGGAUACGUCCUCCUCGGUAUCAGCACGAAUAACAGCGGAAAUUAGUAGCAAUUAUGCUAUGGAACAGACCAUAGAUCUUGAUAUACCACUAAGGACUGAUCAAAGUCCGGAAAUUCAACGUUCGACGACGUUCAAACUUAGCACGAGAGACGACGUCGUGAGACAUCCUGAAGAUUUAAGACAAGAACCAACCAGACUUCGAAGAACCGCAUUAAGGAAAUCCAUGGCACUUCUGAAACUUUCCCUGCCAACACGAAAAGAUAGAAGACUGGGAACGAUGAUAAUUGCUAUAAUGAUAUCAUUUUGUUUGUGUCAUUUACCUAUAACGAUUACAAAAGUAUUACGCGAGAUUAACCCCCACCCUGCAUCUAAUAUAGCUGCCUACAUUCUUUUAUAUUUAUCGUCUAGUAUUAAUCCUGUAAUUUACGUAGUCAUGUCAAAUGAGUACAGAAAAGCCUACAAGAAUCUAUUUAGGCGGCGAAGCAGAGCUUCGUUAUCUUUAAAGGCAAUCAGAAAUCAAUCAUAGCGUGUAGAAUUAAUUGGUAAAUAAUUCCUUAGAAUAUCACGUAGGACUUGAAUUUAAUACUCAAUUUAAUAUUUAUUUAGGUUAAGGUUAGAAUACAUAUAUCUUGCGAAUUAUGUGUGUCGUUUUUUUUUUGUCUUUUGUAAAUAUUGAUAAAUGUUAUUUACGUAAUAAAGGUUACAUGAGGUUUCAUCAUUAAAAUGAUGAUUAAAGUAGCUGUUUUUCAGUAAUUUAUUGUUGUAGAUUAGGACUAGGCUUGGAUUAGAAAUAUCUUAGGAGUAAUCAUACACGUUUACCUGUUAUAGACAAAGAAUAAUAAUAUAAUGUUAUAUAACGAUACGGUUAUGUAGGAAAUCAUUAGUAUAUAAGAUGACCAGUAUGAUUGUUUAAUAAAUGGGGCCCAAGAACAAUUGUUAUUGACAUUCCGUUAUAUGAUAUGAUAUGAAUCACAAAUAUUAUAUUAAGGCACGCGCACACUAGUCGAGACAUUAACAAGCAAAAGCU